AUGCCUCCUCGACUCUCUCUCCGCGUCUCCCUGCGUACCGUCCAGGCGGCACGCUUCUACUCCACCGCCACGGCUGCCGAUUCGGCGGCGCCGCUCAUAACCGUCACACACCUGCCGGCCCCCGGCUCUGGCCACAUUCGCGUGCUCGAGCUCAACCGUCCCUCGGCGCGCAACGCCAUCUCCAAGGCUCUGCUCGCCCAGCUGCGCGCCGAGAUUGACAAUGUCCACGCCCAGUACGACGAGGGCGGCAACGAGCUGCCUCCGCGCAAGGUCUUUGGCGGCGCCGCCGGCGUCGAUGCCAAGGGUCCUACGCGCGCCGUCAUCCUCGCCAGUGCCGUCGACACGAGCUUCUGUGCCGGCGCCGACCUGAAGGAGCGAAGAGGCUUCACUCAAGAGGAGACCAAUGAGUUCCUCACAAACCUGCGCGCGACAUUCACCUCCCUCUCGACGCUCCCCGUGCCCACCAUCUCGGCCAUUUCCUCCGUCGCGCUCGGCGGCGGCCUCGAGCUCGCCCUGUCGACGAGCAUGCGCGUCCUCUCAUCCAACGCCAUCGUCGGCCUGCCCGAGACGCGCCUCGCCAUCCUGCCCGGCGCCGGCGGCACGCACCGCCUGCCGGCCCUCAUCGGGCUCUCGCGCGCCCGCGACCUCAUCCUCACGGGCCGAAGGGUCUCGGCCCCCGAGGCCUACUUCCUCGGCAUCGCCGACCGCCUCGUCGAGAUCCCCUUCCCCGAGGACAAGGACGUGCCGGGCCACAGGGAGGGCGAGAAGCCCGCCGACGGCGCCAAGCAGAAGCUCAUGCUCGAGACGGCGCGUCGCGGCGUCCUCAGCGAGGCCGUGCGCGUCGCGACCGAGAUUUGCGAGGGCGGGCCCGUUGCUGUGCGGGCGGCGCUGCAGGCUGUCGGCUGGGCGCGCGAGGAGGUCGAGAACAAGAUGUAUGAGCGCGUCGUGGCGACGGAGGACAGGAACGAAGCACUCAAGGCGUUCCAGGAGAAGAGGAAGCCCGUGUUCCAGGGGCGGUAA